UAAAUAUUAGUCCUUGCCAUCCUACAUGCUAAAGUUGUGAUGGCCCUUUAGAAAAUAAUUGUCUGUCAUGUGCUAUUUCUUCAGGAGCUUCAGGUCCUGUGAAAGGUAAAUGCACAUGUAAUGACCCAACUAAUGUCUUUUAAUUUGGUAUUUGCUUAAAAACAUGUGACUCAUCUAAGUUUUUAUUUGAAAGUAAUAAAAUAUGUGUAUUAAUUCCAAAUUGCUUGUAAAAUGUUGAUUCACAAUGUUAAAAAUGUAAGAGUGGAUACUAUUUAGCAGAUGGUUAGUGUUUCACAGAUUGUCCUGCUGGCUAUUAGCAAAUGCCUAAUAAUAACUGCUU